ACCCUUGAAAAUCCAACUCGAAGCAGCGGGCUUUGCAUAGCCCGAAGCCCACGUUGUUUUCUCCUUUGUAAUUUAGUACUAUCCACAUCUCCCGAACCCAAGUUCUUCGGCUUCUCUCUUCUCCUGCAAAACGGUUUCUAUUACCUGAUCAGAGCCUUUCCCAUGGCAGAAUCUAGAGGAAAUGAAGCCGCAACAUCUACUUCUGCCGAGGGUCUUUCAGAAACAGCCUCUCUGCUCCCUCAGGUUAGGGAUUUGAAAGAUGUAAAAGCACCAAAUUUGAUAGAGCGAGCAAAGGAAGAGAUAGAGGCUAUGAUUCACCACGAUAAAAAACCUCAGCAUCACAAAGAAACUCAUGGAACUAGUGAUGACAUUGAUGAAAGCACCCCAGUUGAUGAAGUUAAGGGGCCAAAUGUAUUUGAACGAGUUAAGGAAGAGAUUGAGGCUGUUGUGCAAAGUAUUCACCCCAAGAAAUGAUCCAACUCUUUUUAAAUUAAUUGUUCUCAGUGUUAUCAUAUUUACUAACAAUAUUGGUUUCCUUGUUUCCUUCUGAUGUAUAAUGGCUAAUUGACAUGUAUAAUAGUACUAAUUUCUUGGUCUUUUCAUGGAAUGUGUUGCUAUUUGUGACUUUUAGAAGGGUCUUUGCUGAUCUUAUUUUCUAUAUAAUGACAAAUGUGUCUUGGAUA